CUUCCACAAACACCAUGAUGUUUACUUCCCGUUCCAUGGUGUUUGUGCUUCUCGGCUUCCUCGCUGGCGCCAAUGCGUGUGUAUCCUGCCCAAGUACAUUGAAGGUCGACAGUAGUGUCGUGAAUCUAUAUUUGAGGGACCCAAUCGCCCACAUCCAGACCACAUUUUGCGAAUACAGGCCGAGCGACGGCUCACACGCAUUCUGUAUUUAUAACACCGUGAACGGCCAGCUUAAAAAUGGGUAUAAGCAGAAGGACCAGAUCACAGUUACGAUCCAGUCUUGUCCGCAUACAGAAACUUUGAAGGAUGGGAAUGUUUGCUGACCGCGAUGUGAAGAGGUGGGGGAGACGAGACACCUAAAAGGAGGAGAAAUGUUCGUCUGCAGACAGCCGGGUGUACGCCAAUACUUAUACACUAUCUGUUACAAGAAUGGUCAG